AUGUCCGACGUUGAGGAUCCCGUUGUUGAAGCUGUCGAAGAAAUCCUUGAGGAGCCUGCCGCUGAAGAGCCCCCGGCGGACGAACCCGUUGAAGACCCAGUAGAAGACCCGGUCGAGGAGCCUGCCCCAGAAGACCCUGCCGAAGAGACAGCCCCCGAAGACCCUGUCGAAGACCCUGUUGCAGAUGCCGCCCCCGAGGAAGCUGCAGUACCUGAAGAGCCCGCGGCAGCUGCGCCUGAGUCGCCCCCGGCAGUCGAUGGAGCGUCAGCCGGCGAUCCUGCGGUGGCUGGAGCGCCCAAAGCAGCUGAACCCGUCAAGGAACCCCUCAAAGAAGUCGAGGACGCUGCCAAAGACGCCAAGAAGAAGACCGAAGACGCCGCCGCCGAAGUCAAGAAGGAAGUCAAGGAGAACGCCAAAGACGUCAAGGAUCCAGUAGUUCCAGCCACAGCGCCAGCUGUACCUCCCGUACCUGCUGCACCUGCCGCUGGCGCACCAAGCUUGAAGUCCAAGAAGUCCUCCAAACUCGGCAACGCGAAGUCCAAGGUGGCUGCCAAGGUCCUACCAAAGGUCCUACGUGUCGGUACACCCAAAGACGUUGUCCCGCUGGUCGUCAUGCUGCGCCAGAAGAAGAAGGCAGGCCAAGACGUUGCUCCCUUGGUCAAAGCGUGUAUGACUAUCGUCGGUGGAAAAUGA